CUACCAUCAGCACAGCAAUAGUCUCGAGCAGCUCAUGCACUAGACUUUUUUUCUAUAAAUUCAGAAGCUGAUGAUCACUGCAAUUAUCAAUCAAGCUGAUUGCUUAUACAUAAUCACGCUCUCUCUCUCUUUUCACAACCCAAAAGAAAUCAAAAUGGAGCUAUUUAACAAAGAGCUAAAAGAUACUGAUAUCCAAGUUCGAUUCUCAUUCCCAUCUCGUUCCUUGCAGUAUCUAGAUUUCGCAGGAGAAUUUUUUGUUGAUUUGAAAGUCAAAGACAGCAGCGGUAAGCUUCGGGUGAUUCGUUGCAGGAAGAGAGAUGGAGAUUACAACAAGCCAUGGCUUUCUAAAGGCUGGCUUCAAUUAGUUGCCGACUAUGGACUGAGAGUUGGUGACAUGGUUGUUCUUCUUCGUGAGGAUGACCAUCGCCUCGGGUCACAGUUCAGGAUUGAAGCAAAGAGAAAAAUCAUAUUGUUUGGCGAGGAGGCCUGGGGUGAUGUGCCACGAGCUAACUAGUUAUUAUUUGCAUGUAUAUAUACAUGCACAAGAGAGAGAUCCAAGCGUGGUGUGCUUCCUUAAAUUCAGGCUAUAUAUGCGCUUCUGUUUGAUUGUUUAUAGUGAUAAUUGAUUAGCAUCGGUCU